GCGGGAAAGUCUGGCGGGAGGGGGGCGGUCCAGACGUGCCCAGGUGAGGGGGGGGGUUCUUCCCGGGUCCCAUGCUUCCCAGCCGUCCUCUCCAUGCAGGGGGAAGCGGGAACACCUGGAAGACGGCGGGGAAUCUGGGAUUCCCUUCCCGCCUUGUGUCAGAGGAAGAGCCCGAGGGGGGGGGGAGUCGGCCUUGCGGAGGCCCAGCAGGAGAGGAGAGAAGCCGGGCGAGGAGGAGGCAGGAUUCGCACCAGGCUCCCCGGGGCACCAUCCUGUCUCCGGAGGGGGAGAGAAGCGGGGCGGCCUCUCCAGCUGCCUCCUUCCCGGCCCUGAGCUCGGAUGAGCCUCUUGGGGCUCCAGGCAGGUUGGGUGAAGGUUGUUCAGUGUCUAAAUUCUACUUUCUAAUCCUUGGCGUUUAUUUUUCUUUCCAUCUCAGACACAGAAACUCGAAGCCAUUUGUAAUCUUUGCAAGCCAAAAUUUUCUCUGGGGGCGGGGGGAGGGGGGAACAAAAGAGCAGAAUAACUUGAAGGGAUCAGUCCUGAGGCACCAGAACUGGUCCUGUGAAGGAAAAGGCAUCCUGAACGAGACCCAGAAGAGUCCUUGGAGCCAUUUGGAGUUGCUCUGCAGGAGAGAGAAAGGAUGGAGACACAAUCUUUUGGAAAGGAGGGAGCUGGAAAAGGCCCUUCAGCUGCUCAGCCUGGGAAGCUCUGGACAAGGACUGGGCAGAAGAUCCUGGAGGAGGAAACCAUCCUCCCUUCAGAAGUUCAGCCCUGGAACUUCAGGAGCCUCCAAUACCAGGAAGCUGAGGGUCCCCGAGGACUUUGCAGCCGACUCCAUGGCUUUUGUAGGCGAUGGCUGAGACCAGAAAAGCACACCAAAGCCCAGAUGCUGGAUCUGGUGGUUCUGGAGCAGCUCCUGGCUAUCCUGCCCCCAGAAAUUGAGAACUGGGUGCGGGAAUGUGGAGCAGAGACCAGCUCCCAGGCGGUGGCCCUGGCAGAAGGCUUCCUCCUGAGUCAGGCGGAGGAGCAGAAGGAGCAGUUUGAGUUGCAGGGCUGCACUGUGGAAAUAAGAGAUCCUGAGGGAAAGAAGAAUCCAUCAAAUCCCCCUCAGGAGCUGUUUUCCAGGAAGAUCCCUUGGGAAGAUCAAAGCCAGGACACUUCAGGAGAGAAACAAAGAAUGAAGUCUUCUGGUUCUUACGAUGGAGCUCAAACAGUGGUUGAACAUCCAAAUCAAGAGAGUCUGGUGUCCUUCAAGGAGGUGGCUGUUUCUUUCUCUGAGGAGGAAUGGUCUCAGCUAAAUCCUGACCAAAAAGCGCUGCAUUCGGAAGUCAUGCUUGAAAACCAUAGGAAUGUGGUCUCUCUGGAUGGUAAUAAUGGGCAGGAGAAUCAUGAUUCCUGUGAAGUGUUCCAAGUGAUCAAUGCUAAAGAUGGAACGGAGGACUUUGGAAUUCGAAUGGAACUCAUAACCCAUGAGAGAAACCAGUCAAAUAAUUGGAAUCAGGAAAGCUCAUCUUCCACUGAUGCCCAACAAGAAAAAAUAAGGAAAAAAUAUUUUGGGAAAAGUGUAAAUGAACAGUAUUUAAGCCAAAACAAAGGAGAAGAUGGUAUAAGAGACAACAGACAAAAUUACAAUGGUACAUUCAUUCAUUCUCUUGGAAAUAACUUCCUUACAUCUCAAAAAGUGAUUCACACAAAAAAGGAGCCUUAUAAAUGUUUGGAAUCUGGAAAACAUUUUAGAACAAGCAGGAAUCUUACUUCCCAUGAAAGGAUUCACGCUGUAGAGAAACGGUGUUCAGAAGCACCUGUAGCCCACACAGCCCAGACCCUCCAAGCAGCAAGAGAGAAGCCCUAUAAAUGCCUGGAGUGUGGCAAGACCUUUGCUCAAAGACGUCGUCUUAUUUCCCAUAAGAUGAUCCACACAGGAGAGAAACCAAAUAAAUGUAUGGAAUGUGGAAAGACCUUUGCUCGAAGCGAUAAUCUAAUUUCCCAUAAGAUGAUCCACACAGGGGAAAAGCCAUUUAAAUGCAUAGUGUGUGGAAAGACGUUUGCUCGAAGAGAUAAUCUUACUUCUCAUAACAUGAUCCACACAGGGGAGAAGCCAUAUAAAUGCAUAGAGUGUGGAAAGACCUUUGCUCGAAAAAGUCAUCUUACUUUUCAUAACAUGAUUCACACAGGGGAGAAGCCAUUUAAAUGUAUGGAAUGUGGAAAGACCUUUGCUCUUAGAGGUAAUCUUAUUUCCCAUCAGGUGAUCCACACAGGGGAGAAGCCAUAUAAAUGCAUGGAGUGUGGAAAGUCCUUUGCUCAAAGAGGUAGUCUUAUUUCCCAUAAGAUAAUCCACACAGGGGAGAAGCCAUACAAAUGCAUGGAGUGUGGAAAGACCUUUGCUCAGCGCAGUUACCUUGCUUCCCAUAUAUGGAUCCACUCAGAAGAGAAACCAUUUAAAUGCAUGGAGUGUGGAAAGAUGUUUAUUAAGAACAGUGCUCUUAUUUCCCAUAAGAUGAUCCACACAGGGGAGAAACCAUAUAAAUGCAUGGAAUGUGGAAAGAUGUUUACUAAGAGCUGUGGACUUAGUAACCACAGAAAGAUCCACACAGGGGAAAAGCCAUUUAAAUGCAUAGUGUGUGGAAAGACGUUUGCUCGAAGAGAUAAUCUUACUUCUCAUAACAUGAUCCACACAGGGGAGAAGCCAUAUAAAUGCAUAGAGUGUGGAAAGACCUUUGCUCGAAAAAGUCAUCUUACUUUUCAUAACAUGAUUCACACAGGGAAGCCAUUUAAAUGUAUGGAAUGUGGAAAGACCUUUGCUCUUAGAGGUAAUCUUAUUUCCCAUCAGGUGAUCCACACAGGGGAGAAGCCAUAUAAAUGCAUGGAGUGUGGAAAGUCCUUUGCUCAAAGAGGUAGUCUUAUUUCCCAUAAGAUAAUCCACACAGGGGAGAAGCCAUACAAAUGCAUGGAGUGUGGAAAGACCUUUGCUCAGCGCAGUUACCUUGCUUCCCAUAUAUGGAUCCACUCAGAAGAGAAACCAUUUAAAUGCAUGGAGUGUGGAAAGAUGUUUAUUAAGAACAGUGCUCUUAUUUCCCAUAAGAUGAUCCACACAGGGGAGAAACCAUAUAAAUGCAUGGAAUGUGGAAAGAUGUUUACUAAGAGCUGUGGACUUAGUAACCACAGAAAGAUCCACACAAGGGAAAAGCCAUUUAAAUGCAUGGAGUGUGGAAAGACCUUUGCUCAACGCCGCUAUCUUGCUUCCCAUAAGAUGAUCCACACAAGAAGCCAUAUAAAUGCAUGGAGUGUGGAAAGAUGGGAGCCAUUCUUUCUGCGGGCACAAGAGACAGGCGCCUGGGAUGUUCAUCAUAAGAGGCUGGAGGUGGUCUCUGCCCUUUCGGCUUCCUCCCUUCAAUCUGAGGCUGAGGGAAUAAUUCGGGAAGGGCGCCUGACCUUGCACUCCGUAACCCCUGGGGCUCUGCAGGAGGCGGGGAAGCUGCGGGAGAGUCUGGCGGGGGAAGAUCCAGACGUGCCCCGGGUGAGUUGGGGGCUCUUCCCGGACAAAAGGAGGUGGAGGAAGGAGAGACCCGCGCCCGGCCCUCCUCCGGCUUCAACUCCGGGUCCCAUGUUCCCCAGCCGCCCUCUCCAUGCUGGGGGAAACGGGGAUGCUAUGAAAGCGGCGGGGCUCCUGGGCUCCCUUCCCUCCCGGUGUCAGAGGAAGAGCCCGAGCACCAGAAAUGGUCCUGUGAAGGAAAAGGCAUCUGGAGACCCAGAAGAGUCCUUGGAGCCAUUUGGAGUUGCUCUGCAGGAGAGAGAAAGGAUGGAGACACAACUUUUGGGAAAGGAAGGAGCUGGAAAAGGCCCUUCAGCUGCUCAGCCUGGGAAGCUCUGGACAAGGACUGGGCAGAAGAUCCUGGAGGAGGAAACCAUCCUCCCUUCAGAAGUUCAGCUCCGGAACUUCAUCCAAUACUUGGAGGCUGAAGGUCCCCGAGGACUUUGCAGCCGACUCCAUGACUUUUGUAGGCGAUGGCUGAGACCAGAAAAGCACACCAAAGUCCAGAUGCUGGAUCUGGUGGUUCUGGAGCAGCUCCUGGCUGUUCUGCCCCCAGAAAUUGAGAACUGGGUGCGGGAAUGUGGAGCAGAGACCAGCUCCCAGGCGGUGGCCCUGGCUGAAGGCUUCCUCCUGAGCCAGGCGGAGGAGCAAAAGGAGCAGGUAGAGUUGCAAUGCUGCACUGUGGAGAUAAGAGAUGCUGAGGGAAAGAAGAAUCCAUCAAAUCCCCCUCAGGAGCUAUUUUUCAGGAGGAUCCCUUGUGAAGAUCAAAGUCAGGACACUUCAGGAGAGGAACAAAGCAUGAAGUUUUCUGCUAUUUACGAUGGAGCUGAAACAGUAGUUGAACCUCCAAAUCAAGAGAGUCUUGUGUCCUUCGAGAAGGUGGCUGUGUAUUUUUCUGAGGAGGAAUGGUCUCAACUGGAUCCUGACCAAAAAGCGCUGCAUUCGGAAGUCAUGCUUGAAAACCAUAGGAACAUGGUCUCUCUGGUCUCAGCACGAAGAGCAUUUACAAGCCAAUGGGAGGCUUCAAGAAAAGGAUUUUGCCCCAGAGUCUCAUCAGUGGGAUCAAGGAACGGGCCUAGCGGGAGUUCUGCCUGCCAGACAGACGCCGUGGAGCAGCUGCUCCAAGGUAAUAAUGGGCAGGAGAAUCAAGAUUCCUCUGAACUGUUCCAAGUGAUCAAUGCUAAAGAUGGAACGGAGGACUUUGGAAUUCGAAUGGAAUUCAUAAGCCAUGAGAGAAAUCAGUCAAAUAAUUGGAAUCAGGAAAGUUCAUCUUCCACUGAUGCCCAACAAGAAAACAUAAAGAAAAAAUAUAUUGGGAAAAGUGUAAAUGAACACUAUUUAAGCCAAAACAAAGGAGAAGAUGGUAUAAGACACAACGAACAAAAUUACAAUGGGACAUUCAUUCAUUCUCUUGGAAAUAACUUCCUUACAUCUCAAGAAGUUAUUCAUGCAAAUCUGGAAUCUGGAAAACAUUUUAGAACAAGCAGGCAACUUACUUCCCAUGAAAGGAUUCACGCUGGGGAGAAACAGUGUUCAGAAUCACCUGUAGCCCAUGCAGUCCAGUCCUUCCAAGCAGGAGAAGAGAAACCCUAUAAAUGCAUAGAAUGUGGAAAGGCCUUUGCUCAACGCAGGUAUCUUGCUUCCCAUAAGAUGACCCACACAGGGGAGAAGCCGUAUGAAUGCACACAGUGUGGGAAAACAUUCACUCGUAGAAGUGGAGUUACUAUCCACAAAAGGAUCCACACAGGGGAAAAGCCAUUUAAUUGUAUGGAGUGUGGAAAGAGUUUUUCUACGAAGACAUAUCUUAAGACCCAUGAAAGGAUCCACACAGGAGAGAAGCCGUACAAAUGCAUGGAGUGUGGAAAGACGUUUACUAAGAGCAGUGCUCUUACUUCUCAUAAGAUGAUCCACACAGGGGAGAAACCAUAUAAAUGCAUGGAGUGUGGAAAGACCUUUCCUCAAAAAGGUAAUCUUAUUUCCCAUAAGAUGAUCCACACACGGGAGAAACCAUAUAAAUGCAUGGAGUGUGGAAAGACCUUUCCUCAAAAAGGUAAUCUUAUUUCCCAUAAGAUGAUCCACACAGGGGAGAAGCCAUACAAAUGCAUGGAGUGUGGAAAGACCUUUGCUCAACGCAGUUAUCUUGCUUCCCAUGAAAAGAUCCAUGCAGAAGACAAACCAUUUAAAUGCAUGGAGUGUGGAAAGACCUUUUCUCGAAGUAGUAAUCUUAUUUCCCAUAUGAUGAUCCACACAGGGGAAAAGCCAUUUAAAUGCAUAGAAUGUGGAAAAAGCUUUAUUCAGAAAGGUAAUCUUAAUUCUCAUAAAAGGAUACACACACAGGAGAAAGUAUAUAGCAAUAGCAAUUCCACUUUAGACUUCUAUACCGCUCCAGAAUGCUUUACAUCACUAUCUGAGCAGUUUGCAAAGUCAGCAUAUUUUCCCCAGGAAUCUGGGGAGGGAAGCGGAAAAGGCCCUUCAGCUGCUCAACCUGGGAAGCUCUGGACAAGAAACGGGCAGAAGAUCCUGGAGGAGGAAACCAUCCUCCCUUCAGAAGUUCAGCCCUGGAACUUCAGGAGUCUCCAAUACUGGGAGGCUGAAGGUCCCCGAGGACUUUGCAGCCGACUCCAUGACUUUUGCAGGCGAUGGCUGAGACCAGAAAAGUACACCAAAGCCCAGAUGCUGGACCUGGUGGUUCUGGAGCAGCUCCUGGCUCUUCUGCCCCCAGAGAUGGAGGGCUGGGUGAGGGAAUGUGGAGCAGAGACCAGCUCCCAGGCGGUGGCCCUGGUGGAAGGCUUCCUCUUGAGCCAGGCAGAGGAGCAGAAGGAGCAGGUCGAGUUGCAGGGCUGCACUGUGGAGAUAAGAGAUCCCGAGGGAAAGAAGAAUCCAUCAAAUACCACUCCCAUUCAGGAGACUCUUGUGUCCUUCGAGGAGGUGGCUGUGUAUUUCUCUGAGGAAGAAUGGUCUCAGCUGGAUCCUGACCAAAAAGCGCUGCAUUCGGAAGUCAUGCUUGAAAACCAUAGGAACGUGGUCUCUCUGGGUAAGAUGAUCCACACAGGGGAGAAGCCGUACAAAUGCAUGGAGUGUGGGAAAACUUUUAUUCAUAGCAAUAGACUUAGAUACCACAAAAUGAUCCACACAGGGGAGAAGCCAGUUAAAUGCAUGGAGUGUGGGAAAACCUUUGCUCAACGCAGUUAUCUUGCUUGCCAUAAAAAGAUCCACACAGGGGAGAAGCCGUAUAAAUGCAUGAAGUGUGGAAAGACCUUUCCUCGAAUUGGUAAUCUUAUUUCCCAUAAGAUGAUCCACUCAGAAGAGAAACCAUUUAAAUGCAUGGAGUGUGGAAAGACCUUUGCGCGACGCAGUACUCUUACUUCUCAUAAGAUGAUCCACACAGGGGAAAAGCCAUUUAAAUGCAUGGAGUGUGGAAAGACAUUCAUUCAAAGACGUUCACUUAUUUCCCAUAAGAUGAUCCACACAGGGGAUAAGCCGUAUAAAUGCAUGGAGUGUGGGAAAAGUUUUAUUCAUAGCAAUAGACUUAGAUACCACAAAAUGAUCCACACAGGGGAGAAGCCAUUUAAAUGCAUGGAGUGUGGGAAAACCUUUGCUCAACGCAAUUAUCUUGAUUGCCAUAAAAAGAUCCACACAGGGGAGAAGCCAUUUAAAUGCAUGGAGUGUGGAAAGACCUUUGCUCAACACAGUUAUCUUAUUUCACAUAAGAUGAUCCACACAGGGGAGAAGCCGUAUAAAUGCAUGGAGUGUGGAAAGACCUUUCCUCGAAUUGGUAAUCUUAUUUCCCAUAAGAUGAUCCACUCAGAAGAGAAACCAUUUAAAUGCACGGAGUGUGGAAAGACCUUUGCGCGACGCAGUACUCUUACUUCUCAUAAGAUGAUCCACACAGGGGAGAAACCAUAUAAGUGCAUGGAGUGUGGAAAGACCUUUGCUCAAAGAAGUAAUCUUAUUCGCCAUAAGACGAUCCACACAGGGGAGAAGCCAUAUAAGUGCAUGGAGUGUGGAAAGACUUUUGCUCAACGCAGUUAUCUUGCUUCCCAUAAAAAGAUCCACUCAGAAGAGAAACCAUUUAAAUGCAUGGAGUGUGGAAAGACCUUUGCUCAAAGAAGUAAUCUUAUUUCCCAUAAGAUGAUCCACACAGGGGAGAAACCCUUUAAAUGCAUGGAAUGUGGAAAGAGCUUUAGUCAGAAAUGUAAUCUUACUUCUCAUAAGAGGAUCCACACAGGGGAGAAACCCUUUAAAUGCAUGGAAUGUGGAAAGAGCUUUAUUCAGAAAGGUAGUCUUAAUUCUCAUAAAAGGAUACACACAUAGGAGAAAGGAACCUCCCUGCAAGCUCUCGUCUCUCGAGUUCUCCCUGAAGCAGCACGGGAUGUCUGCAGUGACCGAGGAAGCAAGGGCAGAAAAAGCUUCAGCAAUGAGGCAACAGAGAAUUUUGUUCUCCAUUACCAUCAUCCUUACUUCUCAGGCCAGGGGCGCCUCUCAAGAAGGAACUCAGAUUCCCCAUUGGGCCACUGGAGGGCGAAAGACACACCUUAUAGAGGAGGCCGAGAAGGAAAUGACAUCAUAGAACCUUGCUUGUCUGGGACACUGCACUCGCUCUCCUUAACCCCUGGGACUCCGCAAGGGGCGGAGAGGCUGCGGGAGAGAUCCAGACGUGCUCCGGAUACAGAAACUGGAAGCCAUUUGAAAUCCUUGCAAGCCAAAAGUUUCUCUUGGGGGAAACAAAAGAGCGGAGUCACUUGGAGGGAUCAGAGUCCUGAGGCACCAGAAAUGCUCCCGUGA